CUCUUUACGCGUCCUCUGAUUGGCUUGCGAAGGUUAUGAAACCCCUGAAUGGGAGCUACAACCUUGCAGCAAACUUGUGAGGAGGCAGGAAAAAAAAACUUGCUUCAUUGUCUGUGCUUGUACACAGCAAAGGCGGCACCGGUCCAGCAUGAAAUCAGCCUUUGUUUUGCUGACUGCGUUGGUAGCCUUGACAGCCUAUUAUGUGUACCUGCCCUUACCCAGCACAGUGUCGGAUCCCUGGAAGCUCAUGCUGCUGGAUGCCACUUUCAGGGCAACCCAGCAAAUGUGCAACCUGGUUCACUGUCUAAGACUCAGCCAUCACUUGAGAGUUCUGAAUUAUGUGAUUGGUACUUUUGACAAGCUGGAGACGUCAUCCUCUGAACACAUUAAGAUAACAGACGCCCUUUUUGAUGGAGUGGAAGUCAGAGUGUUUGAACCUUCUCCAAAGCAAGAUGAAACACUAAAGCGCAGUGUCGUUUACAUGCAUGGAGGAGGAUGGGCUUUGGCAAGUGCAAGAACAAGCUUCUAUAACAAUCUCUGCAGGAUCAUGGCAGAAUCUCUGAAUGCUGUAAUUGUCUCAAUUGAGUACAGGCUGGUACCAGAGGUUCAUUUCCCUGAGCAAUUCUACGAUACUUUACGUGCAACUAAGUAUUUUCUGCGGUCUGACAUCCUAGCUAAAUACUCAGUUGACCCAGGUCGAAUUGCAAUUUCUGGUGAUAGCGCAGGAGGAAAUUUGGCUGCGGCUGUGUGCCAGCAGCUUAGUCUAGAUGACAGUGUGACCAACAAACUGAAGCUGCAGGCUUUAAUCUAUCCAGUCCUUCAGGCAUUGGACUUUAACACUCCUUCAUACCAGCAGAACACUGACAUGCCUGUUCUUCCUCGCUUCGUCAUGGUGAAGUUUUGGAUAGACUAUUUCAAUGGUAACUACGACUUUGCCCCCUCAAUGCUGAUCAACAACCACACUUCCCUGGACGUAAGCCAGGCUGUUUAUUUCAGGGGACAUCUGAACUGGACUUCUCUCCUGCCUUCAAUGUUCAAAAAGAAUUACAAACCUGUGAUACAACCCACAGGGAAGGCCGAAAUCAUCCAGGAAAUACCUGCACUACUUGACAUACGCGCAGCUCCACUGCUAGCAGAAAAAGAAAUUUUCCAGCUUCAGCCAAAGACCUACAUCCUGACUUGCGAGAAUGAUGUCCUGAGAGAUGAUGGAAUAAUGUAUGCCAAACGGUUGGAGAGCGCAGGUGUGGAGGUCACACUUGAUCACUUUGAUGACUGCUUUCAUGGCUGCAUGAUCUUUACUAUUUGGCCUACCAAUUUCUCUUCAGGACAUCGGACCAGGGACAGCUACAUAAAGUGGCUUGCUGAAAACCUGUGAAGAAAGUGAGUCCUCUCUAGAAGGCACAGAACAGUCAAUCUAAAGCUCACUGCUUCAAAAACAAAAAAGUUGUGCACUUUUAGGCUAUCUAAUUUCAUUUGUUCAAGAUUAUGUCAUAGCACUUCUGUUGCAAGAAGUAGCGUCUCACUAACUACUUGGUUAAUAGCUGAUUAGCCUUGUCCAGCAUAGCAAUUUGCUAAAUUCUUAUUAAACACUGUUGUAUGCAGGAUAUUAGAGACACAAGGUGGGUGAGGUAGUGUCUUUCACUGGACCAACUUCUGUUGGUGAGGGAGACAAGCUAUUGAGCCACACAGAGCUCUUCUUUAGCUCUGGUGGGAAAGGUACUCCCAGCAUCACAGCAAAAUGCAAGGUGGAAGAGAUUGUUUUUCAUAAAUAGUUAGCACAUAUGCUAAGGGACCAUUUGAGGCAGAGUGGCCCAUUAACACCUCUGCAAAAAGGGUGGGUUAGUGAGUUACAGACUGUUGUAAUAAGCCAUAAAUCCAGUGUCUCUGUUCAGUCCAUGAUUUUUAGUGUCUAGCUGAGUAAUGAAUUUAAAUUUUUGAUGCUCAGAAUACCUUUCCCAGACCUGAAGAGCAGCUCUGUGUGAUUCAAACACUUGAUUCUCUCACCAGCAGAAGUUGGUCCAAUAAAAGAUAUUAACUCAUCUACCUUGUCGCGCCAUUAAAAACUAAUCAGUUGUAGAGUCAGAUGCGACAUCAAUUGCAACCAUGAUGAAUGAACACUGAGCAGUUCUCCACAAGAAAAUCAGUGUUCCUCAAACUUAUUGGUCAAAUUUUUCAAGUUUGGGUACAUAACAUUAGGUACCAAGGCCACAAUUUUCAGUUAACAGUUUUUUGGUUUUAGGUAUUUAAAUAAGGGGAGCCUGAUUUUCAGAGGUGCUGACUAUUUAAAAAUCUCACUGAAAUCAAGGGAAGCUGUGGUGCUCACCAACUUUGAAAAUCAGGCCACUUAUUUAGGUGCUUAAAUAUAGAUUUAGGUGCUGGCCUUUAGGCACACAGAUUUAUAGGUUUUAAAAAAAAACACAGUUCCAACUUCAAGGCAUUUAAGCAUGCUAAGCAAGCCUUUUACCCCAAAAAUGCAACAAUUUUGGAAUCUGGGCCUUUUUAAAACAAGCACAGUGCAGGAAAAAAAAUGUAAAAAAGAAGGAAGCAUGUGUAGGUCCUUUCUGUUGAUUUUAAUGGACACUGAUCCUACACACAGACAAAGCAGUGUGCAAGCUUAUAUGUAGGACCAAUGGAAACGCCACCAAAUGCAGAUUCCAUAUGUGAAUUUACAUCUUUAAAGUUGAUUACAUUUUUGGCCAAAGGUUGUGACUAAGCCUGCCUUUAAAAUUUCAGCUUUUAUGACCACUUUAGAGAAAAUAUGAAAGUACUAACAAAUAAAAAAGCCCUCUGUGUGGUUUGCACUGAUGUUUGUAUUUAACAUUAACAAUUGUUCUUCACUGAGUCUCUUCUGUGCUUGCAUUACUUCCGUUCAUUGUCUUCCUUGCUUUUUGGAGGAAGUUUCCCCCUGUGUAGCAAGCAAAAUCACUAGAGAGGAGCUUGACCCUAAAGUCCAGAUUCAGAUGGAACUAUGCAGCUGGAUCUUCUCUUUCUCAUGUAUUGAACCAAAAUCCCAGACAUGAAUAGCCUAUGCUACUGGGGAAUCAAGCUCUGCAACUUGAGCUCCUCUCUAAAAUAGCCAGACAACCACAACUGAAGUUUUAAGACAAGGACAUGGAAACUACGUACAACAGUGUGUAUUUUGCAAAAUGUUUGUUGUUGUUGUUGUUGUUAUUGAAUGUAAGCUGUGACAAACUGACAAAAGCCAGGAACUUCUAAGCUAAGAAAGCGUGAUGGUCUUGCAACCUAAGUCUAGUGCUUUAACUUGGGAUAGCUGAUUUCAGUUCUGAGCUCUGCCACUGUGUGUGUGAGACUUGGAGCAACUUGCUGCAUCUUUGUGCCUCAGUUCUUUCUUCUGUAAGAGAGGGAGUAAGAUUUUUGUAUUCCACAAGGGUGUUGAAGUUAAAUUCGUAAAUGUUAAUGUGAUACUACAAGGGACUCUGUUAAACUUUCCCAUUCUUCAGUCUCAGUAUUCUGUUGUUCUGUACUAUGCCAGCUUGGGUCAUUGCAGUGCAUGCGCUCUGAUGAAGACAACUUAUUUCUUUGGCUCAGUUUCCAGUUUACAGUACUCUGCAAAUUUACAGCACUAAAGUAAGCACCUUCCUGGCUUUUGUCAAUUUAUUAUGGACCAUAUUAAAAUAGAGCCUUGUUUGUACUUGAUUUCUAUGGGAAGGUUCUAGGAAGUCCUAAAACACAUGUACUGGAUGGACCAGAUUGACUUCCACAUUUUUAAAAUGGAUAUUUAGAGGUCCAUUUUCAUUGGUAUGUGCACAUAUGUACUGGGAGCUAAUGGCAGAAUGACCUUGUUGUCUCAUAUGAGUUCAUAGCAAGAAACAGCAGAUGUUGAUGUAAUUGUGUGUAUUAAGACAGGUUAACAAGAGAGGGCCCCAAUCCAUGCUGAACCACGAGAGCUUGAAACUAAUCCCUGGCUGUAGGUUCACACAGAGGGCACAGCCCAAGCCAAUUUCAAUCACUGGCCAAGUAAAAACACUGACACAUAUUCUUCUCUCAGUUACAUUGGUUUCAAUUAAUUGCCUUCAGUGGUGAUACUUCAGAUUUGCAUAUAUGUAAAUUGGAGCAAAAUUUGGCCAGUGUAUCCCAAUAUCCCAAAAUGUAGGUAGGUUCAGACUCAGAUCUGGAUUUCAAAGCUCCCCCAUCAGGAGUGUUAUGGAUCCAGGGUUUUAGUUCCAAAGCUACUGUAUAUACUCGAAAGCCAGCUUGCAAAUCUUAACACAGGGACUACACCAAACUCCACUGAAGUCAAUGAAAACAUUUCCAUUGAGUUUAGUUGGCUCUAUUUCAGGGCCUUUAUGGCUAUGGGCCUGAUCCAAACUCUAUUGAAGUCAAUGACAGUCUUUCCAUUGACAUCAGUGGGCUCUGGAUCAGACCUUGUACUUCAAAAAAUAAAUCUCAGUACCAAAAUAGCUUAAGGCACACUUGGCUACAGGCUUCUAAAAUGCAUUUUAGAAAACUCAAGUUGCUAUAGUACUACAAAAUAGCAUCCAAGUGGUUAAUAGUCCUGUACAUUUGGGGUUGUGUUCUAUAAUAGGAAAAUUGGCCCCAAGACCUGUCUGCAAAAGUUUUAGCCCUGCAUAUGUUUAUGGCAGUUAUAAAUCCCUAAUAUGAAGUUAUAAUGGAACUACUGAUCUAUUUUAACUCUAGUGACAUGGACAGCACAGCUAGAAUAUAUAUUCAGGGAGCUGGUUGUAAAGUUCCUUCAUGCACUGAAGCAUAUUCAAUUCUUGGCACAGAAGAUGGUAGCAAGUAGAUAACUGGAUUGAAUUUAUUCACUGUCAUCACCAUCUUGAUGUGAAAGCCACAAUGGCUGCACUAUAUGAAGGUGAAGCAACAGCAGCAACUUGUUAUAUCAAAGUAUCUGAACCAGUUUUACGCUGCAGCUAAGUAACAAGUAUAUGGUACUUAGCCAUAAAGCUGUGUAACGUGCCCGCUAACGGGUUAUAAGAAAUCAGGGGUCCAGCGCUGAAACAACUUAUUGAGUAUUGCAGCACAAGACACUUUCCAGAAAUUCCACAUCAGCCUGAAGUAAGUCAUAGGCUUGUUCUCCUCUGUAUUUCUACUUCUCACCUCCUUGCUCUAGUUUUUCCCAGGAUCAAAGUUUACAGGUUACAUUCUCUUCUGAGUUAAACUGGAGUAACUGCACUGACACCAGUCUAACUCAGCUGAGAGUACAACUUGGCCCAAUAUGUACUGUGAGGCAAAUCUGAUUCUUUCCAGGAAGAGAUUCAGGUAAAUCCGUGUUACUAUACAUUGAUUUACUCCAGUGACUCAACAUUUUUUGAAGAGCCGCAUUUGGACAGGCCUAAAUCCUGGGAGGUCCUGAGCUCCUUCAACCCUUAUUCAUUUCAAUGGGAGUUGGGGCUUUUAGCACAUUGUUACCUUGUACAGAUAGUGGACUUACUGCUAUAUAUUUCAAACGUUUAUAUUUAUCUAAAAACAUUUAAACUUCUUUUAGAAGUCAUGCUAAGUAACCUACUGAUUUUUUGGUAAAAUAGACCAAUUCUAUUAACUACUUUUUGCAGGUAGCUUUUUUCCCCUACACUGAGCCUAGGGGGAGUGGGCAGCAACUAGUGAUUCUGGGUGUCCAAGUACAAACAUGUUAAAGGGCCCUGAUUUCCAGAGGGUGAGUGCUCACUACUUCCUGAAUCCUAGUUUCCUUAGGUGUUUCAAGUUGAGCACUCAAAAAUCACUAGUUGCUGAAAAGUCCCAAACUUAGUUUUGCUGCCAACUUAGACUAUUUCCCUAACAAAGGCAGAAGGGGCCACUGUGGCUUUUAAAUUAUUAGGGUUUUUCCUUUAAUUUCCCAAAUAUUGUUCCAGACUUUGUUUUCCAAGUGAGUGUUUGGACCUUUUUUGUAUCCCCACGCAUCUUUUACUACAAAAAGUCACCAAGAUUGUCUGACUUGCAUCGCUAAAAAAAAAAGCUAAUGACAAAAUAGUGGGUUAACUUGGUUAAAAUCCUUUAAGCUGCUAAAUUCCACAAGUAACAAAAUAUAGUUAAAGCUCAGUUGGGUUUGCAUUCUUGUAUUUGUGAAGGUGUUCAAGAACCAAAAGAACAACAUACUUGGUGUGACAGCAUGUAAUAUCUUAUGCAUGACCAGUUUCUGCUUCUUUCCCACUGCAGGGGAAAAGAAGUCAUGCGAUUUGAUUUGCAGGCGUGCUGCAAGUGUGAUAUGCAAACAGUCAAUAAAUAGAUCAAAAUGUA